AUGAUGACUCUUGACAUUAAAGUUAAUCAAUUGCUUGUAUUUCAAAUGUCGAAAACGAAAUCGAUCAUGUCAUCGGUUCUCAAUCCUUUUACAUUCAAACCACACCGUUCAAUUCAUAAUAUGUUACUUCUCGAUUCAUUUGUAUUUACCGAACAAACAUUUGCCAUUACCAAUGGUCCAUCCAUCACCCUGGGUCAUAUUACCAUCGAAGCACAUUUAAAUAUCGAUCAGCAACUUCGUAAUUAUUUUCAACGUAUUUUAAAAACUUUACCAUCGACUGUUCAAAUUCAAUUGUUGUUCGUGCCAACUAAGAUUCUUCUAAACCAACAACAAUUUCAAUCAUUAAUAACCAGCAAUAAUUUGGAUGCUCAGAUAUUGAAGUCAAUACUACCACUUACAUUUCUUGACAAUGAAAUUAUUCCAUCCGGACUUAUAUUCAUUGGACUUGGUACACAUCAAUCUAUUGGUAUCGGAAUGCAUGUGUGUAGUCAUUUCAUUCCAACUGUUGAACGUGAUACACUCGAUCUUCAAGAUGCAUAUGCUGCUAAAUGGAAUGAAGAACUUAUUGCGUGCGUUGGACAAAUUGCUCGAUGUAUUUAUGGUCAAGAAAUUUCGCAUAGUUCGCACAAUAGAUUAAACAAAAAUUACGAGACUAUAAUGGCACCAUAUUCUUUUCAAAAAACAGCACCGAGUGAGAAAGUUGGUGCCAUUAUUCUCAAAGGAUUUUUUGCGUUGAAAAACGACAUUUUCGUGCCAACAAAGCGAUUACCAUCUGCUAAUCACCUGUCAUUAGUUAUAUCCACACAAACAUUUCUAGCUGAUUCUAAGCAUAUUCAUGGUUUUCUUCCUCUUCCACUCGUUCCAUUUGAACUAUCUAAAAGCCAUUUUUUUACUGCUCUGAAAGAACAUUCUCUAAUUCAUAUGGCUGAUAAGUCUAUCAUCGAAGAAAGCCUGACCUCAUCUGCACUUUUAUCUAACGAAUUAAUUGAAUUACUCAAAUGGCUCUGCAGCAGUGAUAUCAAUGAUCAUUCGUAUACGAAACGUGUGUUGUCCGUUGUUCGCUAUCAUGAAACUAUCAAUUCACCAAUUAGUUAUUUUGGAAAACUGAAGUAUUAUGAUGCUUUAAACAUUUCAUUGGUUCUUCCUCUACCAUCGAAUGUUCUACCAAUUAGUAUUGCCGAACAUUUCUCACAAGAACAACUUCAUCAUAAUUUGUUUCUUCUACCAUGCAAUUUUAAACAACUAAUUGAUUUUUACUUAUCCGAAAAUCAACAGUAUCUCUUUAAUAAUGUUAAAACAGCUACACAUCUUCUUAGUUAUCUUUCAAACAGUUCCAGUCAUUUUUCUGAACCUGAAUGGAAGAAAAUCAAGGAUAUUCUAUCUAUUAUUAAAUGCAUUCCAACAACGCAUGGCAUGAAAUUACCAAGGAAAUCGUAUUUACCGUCACAUAUUCUGAGAUCUGAUCGACCUGCUAUCACACUUAAUCUAUUAGCAGAAAAUGCAACAGACAGCCGACAACCAAGGAAUGAUUCGAAUGAAAAUCUUGUUUCGGUAUAUUUUCUCAAAAAAAUUGGAUGUCGCAUGUUUGAUAUUCAAUCUAUGAUUGAAAAUGUUUCACGAAUAAGCUCUGAUAAUAUAUCAGCAUUGAAUCAUGAAAGCAUGCAGAUGUUAAUUGAAAAUUUAGCCAAAGAACGAAAUAAUAUGAGCUAUGCAGAUUUCAAUGCUUUAAAGAAUACGAAAUUUUUACAAGGAACAACGCUCAAAUCGAAUAGAAAAAACGAGCAGAAAUAUUUUCCACACGAUCUUCAUUUUCCAUUUGUUGCUGAACAACUUAUAUGGUCCAAAUUAAUCAUUCUUGACUGGUAUGGUAUCGAUUCGUACUCACUCGAAUAUGCUUUUCUCAAGGAACUUGGUGUACGUGAAGCACCGGAUUUACAAAUGUUGCUCAAGCGAAUUGUUCAAGAACAUGAUUAUUAUCAAUGUCAAAAUGGACAAAGAAGAAAAAAUUAUAAACUACCAAUUGCACUUGAAUUUUUUGCAGAAAAUUUUCAAAAACAUUAUUCAACAAUAUGGAAAACAAGCAAUAUUCAACAACCAUUUCUUCCGUCGCGUUUUCUUACAAAGACUAAUGAUACUGAUAUCAUCUUAUCAGCACCAGAUAAAGUUUAUAAAAGUUCGAAUCCAUUAUGUGGUACGCUUCUUCCUGAAGUAGUUCAGCUAUUUGAAAAACAUUUCAAUAUUUCAUUACUCGGUAUUACUGAACAUCCCACUUUGACACAAGCAUUUGAUAUUAUCAUGGAAAGAAAAACUGAAUUGUUGACACUCGAAUCGGCUUGUCACAUAUUUUCUUAUUUAAAUGGACUUGAUGGACUAAAUCAAGUAUUUAUCAAACGCCUGUCAAAUAUUGCUUUUAUUCCCUUGGAAGUUUCAGGUGUAUCAACAUUGAUGAAACCAUCACAUGUUUUCAUUAAACAAUUCGUACCGUCAGUUGACGAGAUGAUCGAUGAUACCAGUGGUCUGAUUGACUACGUCGAUUUUGGAACUGAAGCCAAUGCAUUUCUUUUGGCUGUUGGUGUUCUGCAUUCACCUUCUGUUCAGAUGCUUGCUGAGCUGCUUAUUGAGAGACAAGAAACUUAUCUUUCUAACUUGACGAAUGAUGUUAAUAUUCAUAAAAAACUUCGUGUUUACAAGGAAUGUUUAAAAAAAAUAGCGAUUGCUUCGACUGACACACCGGAACUUUACAGGAAUCCGCUGAAAACACGAUUGACGAAUGAACGAUGGUGUUUUGGCAUUCAACUAAACAAUGACAACAAGAAUUUUACAUAUCGAAUCGUCAAGCCCACUGAAAUAUAUCUUGAUGAUGAUCAUCAGUGUGUACUCGCUCAUCAUCCAAUAUGUUCUCCAAACGAACCAGAAUUAACUAAACUAUAUGAGCAAUUUGGAGCACAAUGGCUGUCAAAUUGUGUCAAGCGAGACUUGAAGCCUACAGGCAAACCUAAAACAACAGAUAAAAGUAAAGAUCUGUACACGUUGAUUCAAUCUCGCCUUCGUUUUUUAUUUGUAAAUAAUCGACUAGAGCCAUUGGCCAGUCCACAUGAAGAACAUUUUCAAUCGCUCCGUACAAAUUUAUCAGUGUACGAAGUUAACAAUAUUGAAUGUCAGUUGACUUUUCAAAAUAGCACUAAAACACUUGACAAACAAUUUGGCAGCUCGUGCGCACUCGAACAGACAGAAAAUGAAGUGGUAUUGUACUUUCGACAAGAUGAGACUACAUCACAAUUGGACUACCCCGAUAUUGCUAGCGAACUGGCUCGAUUUGUUUUCAAAAAUGCACCGGAAACUGUGAUUCAUACCAUAAGUGACAGAUUGUCAUCGUCUUUGGAUUCACUCAGACGGCGUGGUGUUCCUGUAGAUGAUUGGCUUGAUAGUAUGUCACAAAUUGUCGCGCCAGCACAAAUCAAUAUGCCUCUAUGGAAAAAAGCUGUGUUAGCUCCUGUCGCACUAAUUCUGAUGCUUAUCCAUAAUAGAAGAAAUCGACGAUCAUCUAAUUCAGUGUAUCCUGAUGAGGUUCCACCUGUGCCAUCGCCCAAAAAGCAACGGCGCGCUUCGGAUCCUGCACCAGUGAUUCGUUUCCCUAAAGAUUUCAAUGAAUUUGACGUGAAUAAUGUCGAACAAAUGCGUCAUAUAAUUGAUCUCAGUCAAGCGUAUGUCAAUCCUAAGUUUAUUCAGAAUGAACAUACCAAAGAAGAGAUUUGUUACUCGUGUGUAGACUUACCUGCCGCCAAUAUGACACGUCUCAAAAAUGUUGAUAUUUCCAUACCGCUGUAUCUCGAACAAAACAUAACUAAAACAUCUAAAAUGAUCGACCAAGCGAAACAGCUCGCAUGGUUACUCACCGGUCUUGCUGAUAAUGUCUUUCGGCUUAAUAUUCAAUCAUUACAUCUGUUUUAUGAUAAAGUUGGACCUCGCAUAGCAUUCAAUACUAAUGGUGCACUUUUCUUUAAUCUUCGAUAUUUCAAGGAAGUUUUUGCCGAUCAACUUCAAGAUUAUCUUCGAAAACCAAACGAACCGAAUUCUAUUGUAUCUACCAUUGUUAAUUUUUAUUUUAUGGUCACAUGUCAUGAGCUGGCACAUAAUAUGUAUUCCAACCAUGAUCUAAAUUUUAUCCAGUAUUUACAACAAUUGGCUGUUGUAUUUAUGGUUGAAAAGGAAACAUUUCUUAAUGAUUUCUCGUUUCAAAAUUAUCGCACAAAUAAAUGA